AUGAACUCUGGAUUGAAUAACUAAAAUUCCUUAUUGCAGCAACUAACUCCAGCAUAACUUGAAGAGUAUUAGCAACAAUUGAGGUAAACUUCUAACUUCAUAUUCUAUAUACUAUAUUACUUCAUAUGCUCAAAUCAUAUAUUUGGCAAUUAAUUACUUAUUUUAGAUAACAACCAUUUUUCACCAAUCCUUUGAGUAGCAACAUGAAAACAUUACCAUUUCUAAACAUUUUUCAAUAGUUAUAGGACAAUCUUAUUAGAACCUCAUAACCACAGGAUCUGUUCAAUUUUAAUCGUGGUAAGAUAUCAUCAAUUCCACAUCAAUUACAAUAUUGUGACCUUAUAGUUUUUUGAAUUGGCUUAUUUUUGCUUAGGUUUGGGAGGUGUAAUGAAUUCGAUUGAUUAUAUGAAACUUUUAUAGAAAAGCUUAUAGAUGAAUAGCAAUGCCAUAAAUGCGUUUAAUUAGAAUUAGUUGUUAUGCUAAUUUGGAAUGAUGGGUCAAAAGAAAAACAAUACUUCACAAAAUCCAAUUACUGUUGAAGAUGAUGAACCCCCUUAAAUUUAGAAAUGUCAUAAUUCUAAAUGCAACAAUAAAGGAGAUCGUAAGACCAAAUCAAAAAAAGGAGAGACUCUUUAAUUCUGUGACAAAUGUUUAAGGUUAUAUAAUCGUGGAAAUUAUUGUGAUUUUUGUGAAUAGGUAUUGGAAGAAUUUCUAAGAUUUUUAGGUAUAUUCGAAUGGGUCAUAUGAUCAAGAUGAAUAAGAAUGGAUUCAAUGUGAUGAAUGUGAGAAAUGGGUAUAUAUAAAUAGAUAUUGAUAGAAUCAUCUAAAUUGUGAAGCUAAAUAUAGAAAUUAGAAUAUUAAAGAAGAGACUGAGAAUAAAGUUUAUUAUUGUUUAAAUUGUUCUAAAAUUAAAAAACAAUAACAUUAACAAUAAUAAUAAUAAUAAUAAUAAUAAUAACAAUAACAAUAAUAAUAAUAAUAAUAAUAAUAAUAAUAAUAAUAAUAAUAAUAGUUUCAGUAAUAGAAGAAAUAAGAGAAGACAAUAGAAGAAUAUCAACCAAAAUAAAGAACUAUUAUAGAAUAAGAGGAUGCUAGAACAAGAGAGAAAAAUAUUAAUUUUGUAGCCACCAAAGAUAAUAAAGUUUAAUUUAGUAAAUUUAUAAAUUUAAAAUUAUUUAAUAGCAUUUCGAUUGAAUCUAUAUGAUGAUGAAAUUAAGUCAGAUCUCGAUUUUCUGAGAAAUUCUGGCAAGAAGAAUAUUAAGAAAUAGAAUUAAUAAGAUUCUCCAAUCAUAAAAUAAAAUAUAAUACCUUAACAACAAUAAUAAUAAUUAUUUUUAUAACAAUAAUAAUUAUUAUUAUCAUAAUAAGUAUAAUCUAUAUAAGAAGAGAAAGUAAAAAUAUAUUAAUAAUUCAUAAUUAGAAUUCUGAUUAAUAAAUGAAUGGUAGACGUCGAACUAGAAAUAUUAAAUAUAGAGUCAAUUAUCGGAAUUUAGGGGGGGAAUGA